AUGGCGAACCCAUCUGGGAACCAUCAAGAGCACGCGCACGUGUCGUCUUCUGCGCCCGAGACUUCGGGUGCGGCUCUCGCCAUGAAGCACAACCCUGGCAUCUCCCUCGAUUGGACCGCCGAAGAACAAGCCAUUCUCGAAGAUGGACUCGUCAAGUAUGCCUCAGAAUCCAACAUAGUACGCUAUGCAAAGAUUGCCCUACAGUUACAGCAUAAAACAGUUCGUGAUGUAGCACUGCGAGUCAGGUGGAUGAAUAAGAAAGAAAAUAGCAAGAGAAGGAAGGAUGAUAAUUUAACUCGGAAAAGUAAAGAUAAAAAGGUACUGCUUCCAUUAAUUGGAUAUUCUUAUAACUUUAUUGCUUCUGACUGUGGAGAAUCCCUUUCCUUAGAAAGGGUUUCUGAUCCUGUAGUAAAGUCAUCUAACUUUGCUGCUCGGUCCAAUGUCUCUCCAUAUGCUCCACCGAUGAUUACAAUGGACAAUGAUGAUGGCAUCUCUUAUACAGGCUUCUGUCUCAAUGACGCAUAG